AUGGGGUUAUCGUCCCGGGCCUUGUUGCAUUUGAUUAUUUUCUUCCUUGUGCUUUGUUCCACAUCUUCAUCAUAUAUUUUAAAUGAGGUUCUUGAGCCACACGGGUACAUUGGCCGUUCCCUUUUGCAACAAAAAUCAACAUGCCCUGUGGACUUUGAGAACAUGAAUUACACAGUUAUAACAAGCCAGUGCAAAGGUCCCAACUACACACCAGAAAGAUGCUGCAACCCACUCAAAGAACUGGUCUGCCCCAUAAAGGAUCAAUUCAAUGACCUCAAGACCAAUUGUGCCGACACAUUCUUUAGCUAUGUGAAUCUGUACGGAAAAUAUCCACCGGGACUUUUUGCAGCCUUGUGCAAAGAAGGGGAGAAAGGGCUCGACUGCUCGAAUGUGCCCGACCAGCCACCCCCAUCAGCACCCAACCAAAGUGGAGCUCUUUCUUCUAGUGCUUAUAGCAUCACUAUCGCCAUGGUCUUUGCUACUCUACUGAUAAUGUUGUAG